UUAAAUUGUGAAACAGUUUUCCUGGAUAGAGUUACUCAGCAUUUAGGAGAAAACAGUUUGAGUGUAGAGGCCGGAAAGAUGUCAGACUGAAAGCUUUUCCUCUUGCGAAGCGGUUUAAUCCUGAAAAAGAGAAGAAAAAAUGCUUCAGUUUGGAAAUCUCUUGGCCCAUUUUCACCUUCCCCACAAAGCUUCAGAAAGUGCUCAAAAACAAAGCAUAAAGCAGCUUCCAAGCCUUUCAGACUUUUUACAGCAUGUCAUGAAACUCACUGGGCUAAGGAAGGAAGAUGUACACUGCAGUCUUCGUGUCCCCGAACAGCAUCAAGCCGCCAAAGAUGACAUCAACAUGGUCAUCCUGACAGGUCGUGGGAUAUUCUGCAUGGAUGUAAAUCCCCAGAGUGGAACAGCGUGUGCUCACAACCAAAACUGGCAUGUGCAAGUGAAAGACAAAGACGAGAAUUUUACCAAUACUCACAUUGAACAGGUCGAAGAUCCCCUCAAAGCUAUCAUGCGCAAAACGGCUCAAUUAUGCAGUCAUUUGAAGAGGAGCGGAGUGCCUGUACGCAACAGUCUCUUCUUCCCCAGAGUCAUCUUUCUCUCCCCCGACCUUAAGCUGGAUGAGGAGCUGAUGAAGAGAAGGGAGCUGGUACCUUCCAGCCAGAUAGAUGAGUUUCUCAAAUCUUUCAAAGAGGGCUAUCUGGGCUGGAUAUCUGAUGCUUUGACUCCCUCCUGGAUCUCAGGUCAUCUGUCAUACAGGCAGCUGGAGUCGGUGCGAGGCAUCCUCAAGAAGAUGGGAACGUGGGACGUAGUGCUUUUGCAUGGUGGUGAGCUACUGAAAGGAGACUACCUGGGCUGCCAGUACCUCGCGCUGGACCGCCAGGACACUGAGACGUUGGAGUUUUCCAGAGUCAAGACCCUCGCUGCUGAGUCAUUGUGGACUUUGUUAGGCCAUGUUCCUCAGGUAACCGUUAAAAUGUAUAAACGAGGUCCUCACGGCUGGCUGGGUAAAACCCUGAAUGCCACCGCCAUCAUCCCUUCCAACACCUUUGUGAUCUUCAGAGUUAGUGGCGAGGAAUCUGAUGCCAAAAUCCCAGCGAAUACUAUUCACAGUAUCACACUGAGCAUAUGACACGGUGGAGGCGAUCAAAGGAUUAAUGGAAGCUUUCUGAAUGAAUAACGUGCCUAUGCAAAAAAAGACAAACAAAAAAAAAAAAAAAUUUUAUGAAUGAAUGUUUCUCCAUGCAGACAUGGCACUUUGUUGUGUGUUGCUAACAUAUUCCACAUGUCUUUGUGUGAGCACACUUUGAAAAAGAUCCCAUUUGCAAUUUUUUCUGCUUAAUUCUGAGAGUGAACAUGAUGUUAAUGAGAUUUUUGACAAUUAGCCUGAUUAACUUUGUCGUGUUUUGAAUUUCCAGGGCCGACCCCCACUUUGCACGAGCUGUUAAUUAACCAUUAUUCCUGCUGACUGGGUCACAUCAGUUUGAGCAGAGAGUGUUUAAUGUGCUAAUUGUGGCUGUUAAAACGGGUGGCCUCAGCUCGAUGAGGAUCCAGGAUGUCACUGUUUCAGUGGGUUUUAUAGGAAGUUAUUUACAGACUGUUAAGAGAAAGUAAAUGUUUUUGAUAUCUUAAUGUGCUCCACUGCUCAGAUGAAAUUAUGCAGUUCCAUGGUUUUAUUUUGUAGUGGGAAAAAAUUGUGAUAGGGUGACCUCAAGAUAAUGCAGUAGAAUGAACUUUCUGUGGUGAUGGGAUCCCCUUUGGCUAAAGUGUAUCCAUACUUCUGCAGAUUUUUUAAUGUGUUGUCAGAGGAAGAAUUUAAAAAUCAAAACCACUUGUUUGCAUGGAUUUAGUCUUGGCAUUGAGCAAUUGAAAACAUUGAGGUAAACCAAAGCUUUUAUUAGUUACUGUGUAAAAAUGCUAAAAUGUUCCUGUGGUUUAAAGUCCUUUUUAUCAGAUGCCAGUGAUGGAGGGAUGGCAGUUUUUUUUUCGUGCUGUUUCCGGCAUAGAAUAAUGCUAUUCUGGACCUUUCGGUGGUUGUUGCAUGCUGCCAGUCAGCUGGCUAAAACGACAUUUUAGCUAUAUUUCUAAACAAAUGCCUAUUAAAAACAUUAUUAUAUUUAUACAGUUAAGUUUAAAGUAUAAAGAUUUUAGCAGAUGGCAGAUUUUAGUUUAAUCUUUACAUUUUUCUAACGUAUUGUUUGAUUAGAGGGAAUAUUUUGGAGUGACCAAUCCAGUCAAGUAUUCCAAAAUAAUGUGAUAGAGAAUCUAUGAAGAAUGGUAAAGAUUAGGGUGAUUACAGAGAAGCCUCUGGACCUCCUGGCAUGAGGUAACUGGGCAGACAUCUUAGUAAAAACAUGUAAAAUCUUGCCAACAAUGACUACGUUAACAUGUUCAAGUUGUGACAAAAUUUCUUGUGUAAAAGCGAAUUAUGCCCUAUGCAAAAUACAAAAGCAAUUAAAACAGUUUUUAUUUCAUCAAUUUUAUUUUUUCACAAUUUUCUGUCAAUACCAUAAAACUUCGAAGAAUUAUUGUACUGUUAGAAUCUCACAUCUCAAUCCGGGAACAUCUUUAAACGACAUCAGUGUAACUUGAUGAAUUGAUUGUAUUCCUUAAAUUAAAGCCAAAUGGUCAACAGCUAUUUUAUGAACAGCAUUGGCUAAAAGAUAUUUAGAAAAAUUGGCAAAAUGAUGACAAAGAAGACUAAUAAUGAUUUGAUUUGAUGCAUGAUCAUGAUUUUAAUUUAUUUUUGCUCCCUAUUGAACACCUUUCAGUCUUUCUUCAUGAAACUUUAAGCGAUUCAUAGAAAUGGAUUGUCAUUAUUUUCUUUAGCAGAUUUGUUUAUGCAAUAUUAUGUUGGUUUUUAAGCCAUUGUUUUUUAAUUUGUGAUAUAAUAAAGGUUUUUCAUU